CUCAGCUCAGCUCAGCUCAGCUCAGCUCAGCUCAGCCAGGCAGGAACCAGAUCUGCAUUCCAGCUGCGAGGGAGACUCCAACAUCGGCAGGAAAAGGCAGCAGGGAGAGUGACAGUGAGAGAUAAGUGAAGGGAAGGGAAGGUAGCAGGUCCUGCUAGCUGUUGCUGCUGUUUGUUGUUGUCACGGUGUCAGUGGGUGACGUGAGCAGUGGAAGCAGGGCAGGACACAGGCAGGACUGAAGGCUUGUAGUGAUUUUUGUUGAGGGAGGGGGGGUGCCAUGUUCGACUGUAUGGAGGCUCUGGGAAUGGGCCCCCGUCAGCUCUAUGAUGUCACCAGCCGUGGUGCGUGCAUGCUGCGGAAGGCAAGCCCCUUCUUUGCUGGGCUGGACCCCUUCGCUUGGACAGGCAGUGCCAGCGUUCAGUCGGUGGAGACCCAGAGCACCAGCUCAGAGGAGAUGGUACCCAGUUCUCCAUCUCCACCUCCACCACCUCGGGUCUACAAGCCCUGCUUUGUGUGCCAGGACAAGUCCUCAGGGUACCACUAUGGGGUCAGCUCCUGUGAGGGCUGCAAGGGUUUCUUCCGCCGCAGUAUCCAGAAGAACAUGGUGUACACCUGCCACAGAGACAAGAACUGUCAAAUUAACAAGGUCACACGCAACCGCUGCCAGUACUGCAGGCUGCAGAAGUGCUUUGAGGUCGGCAUGUCCAAGGAAGCGGUGCGUAAUGACAGAAACAAGAAGAAGAAAGAUGUGAAGGAGGAGGUGGUGCUUCCAGAGAGCUAUGAGCUAAGUGGAGAGCUAGAAGAACUGGUCAAUAAAGUCAGCAAAGCUCACCAAGAAACCUUCCCGUCAUUGUGCCAACUGGGCAAAUACACCACCAACUCCAGCUCAGACCACCGUGUUCAGCUGGAUCUGGGUCUAUGGGACAAGUUCAGUGAGCUCUCCACCAAAUGCAUCAUCAAGAUUGUGGAAUUCGCCAAGCGGCUGCCGGGUUUUACCACCCUCACCAUUGCUGACCAGAUCACUCUACUUAAGUCAGCCUGCCUGGACAUACUGAUGCUGCGGAUCUGCACACGCUACACUCCAGAACAGGACACUAUGACCUUCUCAGAUGGACUGACUCUGAACCGGACUCAGAUGCACAAUGCUGGUUUCGGUCCCCUCACAGACCUGGUUUUUGCCUUUGCUGGCCAACUUCUACCCUUAGAGAUGGACGACACAGAAACCGGCCUCCUCAGUGCCAUCUGCCUCAUCUGUGGAGACCGCAUGGAUCUCGAGGAGCCCCAGAAAGUAGAUAAGCUGCAGGAGCCUCUACUCGAGGCUUUAAAGAUCUACGCCCGCCGCCGCCGCCCCAACAAACCCCACAUGUUCCCCCGCAUGCUCAUGAAGAUCACCGACCUCAGGGGCAUCAGCACCAAGGGCGCGGAGAGAGCCAUCACUCUGAAGAUGGAGAUCCCAGGGCCAAUGCCUCCUUUGAUCAGGGAAAUGCUUGAGAAUCCAGAGGCCUUUGAAGACCAGCCAGAGUCCAAUGACAGCCCACCGCCUCCACCACCACCACCACCUCCACCGCCAGCCCUUGUCCUGAAGCAGGAGGCUGAGGAUGAGGAUGAUAGCUGGGCCACAGAGAACGGCAGUGAGCCAUCGCCGGAGGAAGAGGACGAGGACGACGAUGAUGAUGUGGGGGAUGAAGAGCGAGACAGGGGCUCGGACAGUGAUGGGGAGUCCUGGGGGGUUCUCGAUGCCAUAGAUGGCCCGAGAAAAGGCCUUGUCGGGAGGGCACAGUGAACAGAGAAUUUCUAACAUACACUGAUUCAUGCAUACACACAACUUCACACACACACACACACACACACACACACAACUUCACACACACACACACACACACAGACAUAUGACACAACUUCACUCUCUCUUCCACCUCAAGAAAAAUGCUGGCCUUCCCAUUCUUUAACCCCCCCCCCC